UAUCUAUCUAUCUAUCUAUCUAUCUAUCUAUCUAUCUAUCUAUCUAUCUAUCUAUCUAUCUAUGAUGAGAGCACAGUUGCAAGAAAGUGGGACAACUUCGCCGAAAAACACGUUGUUUGAGCUUUCACGGCCUCCGUAGAUCUCCUGCGGCGGAAGCACGGCGCGCUGGUUACGAGCGCUGAACAAACACGGGCCUUUUUUCACGUCUCGGCGAGGAGACGCUGGGGAAACCGUAUCUGAUGGGAAAACGCGAAUCAACGUAAUACCUGUAGCCAUCCUUAGCAACGGUACCUGCUGGCCAAUGAGAUGAGCCGAAAUAUUCUGUCAGUUCAUUGGUCACAGAGCAGGAUAUGGCUGGUAAUGAAUUUACCGUAAUGUUAAAUAUAAAGCACUCCAUCAUUUAUUAAUUCUAUUGACAUUUUAGUGAAGAUUUUUGAUCCACUUAAUAAUACGGGACUACGUGCGUCCCGUUUCAGCUCAAUACGUGACGCGUACUUUUUAUUCUAAAUACGCGACGAUUCCGUUUUUCAAGGGACGGUUGGCAACUCUAUGUGUGGGAUAUAUAUUCGUGUCUCUGCAGCAACAAUGUCUUCAGCUCAGUCUCUGAGAGAGUUUAUCAGGGAGCGACUGAUCGCUGCUGCUGAAGAAAUAUUCACAGAGGUUGAUAAAACCAUCGUCCUCUAUGAGGAAGAGCUGGAUCGUCAGCGCAGACUGCUGGGAAUCUGCUGGAAACCUCAAAUAAAGCUGCAGAGAAUAGACCUCCCACCGCAUUAUAUCUGGAAGGAGGAGGAGGUUCUCACUGAGCAGCAGUUCUACAAUCAGGAAAGGAGCUCGGGAUCACACCAAGAAGUACCAGAACCCUGCCUGAUGAAAGAGAGCUUAGAAGAACUAGAACCUGAGCAGAUACAAGAGAAACACAUUGUACUAGAACUUCUCCAUAUCAAAGAGGAGGAAGGAGAACCAGACCCUCUACAGAUAAAGGAUGAACAAGAGGAACUCUGUAUCAGUAUAGAGAAAGAUCAACUUGAACUUAAACAGGUGACAGAUACCUUUAUGGAAAGUUCUACUUAUGAAGAAAGAGAUCACAUGGAACCAGAACCAAAUGGUGACAAUCUCCUUGUCCAAAACUCUUCUCAACUUGAGAAACAAAAUCAGGAACGGAGUGAUUAUAAUGGCCGAAAAUCAAGGAUAAAUAAACUGAAACAAAAGAAGAGGCAUCAGAAAAUCAAAGGUCACAUUGACAAUGUUGACAGUCCAAAAUUAAAAGAACAGAAGAAAACAAACAUGAAUAAGAAUCGGUUUUGUAGAAUUUGUGGUAAAUCUUUUGCUCGUAGGCAUUUGACUGAACACAUGAGAACUCACCCAGGUGAGAAGCCUUUCUCAUGUUUGACCUGUGGAAAACGUUUUAGCGGAAAAGGAAAUUUAUCUAAGCACAUAAGAACCCAUACAGGUGAGAGGUCUUUCUCAUGUUUGACUUGUGGAAAAAGUUUUAAUUUAAGAGGAAACUUAUCAAGGCACAUAAAAUCCCAUACAGGUGAGAAAUCUUUCUCAUGUUUGACUUGUGGAAAAGGUUUUGUUCAGCAAAUUCAUUUGACCUGUCACAUGAGAACUCACACAGGGGAGAAGUCUUUCUCAUGUUUGACCUGUGGAAAAAGUUUUAGUUUAAGAGGAAACUUAUCAAGGCACAUAAAAUCCCAUACAGGUGAGAAGUCUUUCUCAUGUUUGACUUGUGGAAAAGGUUUUGUUCAGCAAAUUCAUUUGACCUGUCACAUGAGAACUCACACAGGUGAGAAACCAUUCCCAUGUCUGACGUGCGGACAAGCAUUUAGCAAAAGGAGAAGUUUAUUUCAUCACAGCAGAAUUCAUACAGGGGAAAAACCUUUCAUGUAGGAACUGUGGAAACAAUAUUUCUCAAGAAAGUCAUUUAACUGUUCAUAUGAAAGCUCACCAAGUUGAGCAGGUGUAACCUUUGAAGAUUGUAAUUAUUCUGAAACCCUUGAGUAUUUCAGAACUGCCAGGGAAGAUGCUGGGCUCUUUGUUCAAACAGUAGCAGUAAAAAAAAAAACCAUUGAGGCAGCACACUUUGUUCUUUAUGAAAGCCCAUUUCCACCUCUCUGAUGAAAAAAAAAAAAACCUUGUAUCUCAUAAUUAUGUCAUAAUUUAGUCAUAAUUAUGAGAUACAAAUUUGUUUGUUUUUUUCUUCAGAGUAGCGGAUGGGCUUUCAUAGUUCUUGUUUUUAUGAACAAUUUAACUUUUUUUUUUUAAAUAAAAGGUUUUCACAAAAGCUAAAACAAACCAAGCAAAUGUGCCAAGAGUUUGAAUGAUGUAUUUAUUUUUUUUGCCAGAGAGAUUUAUAUAUUCAUUGGGGAUUUGCUGAGCCUGAUUACCUGCAAUGCACUUUAUAUGUUUCCCAGUUCCAGACGGUACAAAAUGCAGCUGCUCGUCUUUUAACAGGCACCCGAAAAUUUGAUCAUAUCUCUCCUAUUUUAGCUUCCUUACAUUGGCUACCAGUACAUUUUAGGAUUCAUUUUAAAAUCCGUUUAUUUGUUUUUAAAGCUCUUAAUGGCCUUGCCCCGCCCUAUCUGUCUGAGCUGUUAUUCUUGCACACCGUCACGUUCCCUCAGGUCAGCUAAUCAGUUGUUCCUGAAGGUGCCAAAAACAAAAUGCAAGCUCAGAGGGGACCGUGCUUUUUCUGUGGCAGCUCCCAAGCUUUGGAAUGAUCUUCCUUUGGGCAUAAGACAGGCCUCUUUACUCACUGUUUUUAAGUCCCUCCUUAAGACCCAUCUUUUUUCUUUGGCGUUUGGCAAAAUCUGAGAUGUUUUUACUUGUUUUAUUGUGUCUGUACAUUAAUAUGUAUUUUAUAUUCAAUCUUUUUCCAUUUUGCAAUGUUUUUAUAAUUGUGUACUGCACUUUGGUCCUGUCAGUGUAUAAAGUGCUUUAUAAAUAAAGUUGGUAUGGUA